AUGCACCAUAGAUGGGACUCCAGCAUUCAUACUGAGGGCCUCAAGUAUUUAAAACAGAGGCAGCUGUGGGAUUUGUUGGGAGAUGAUGAGACACUGCUGUGCACUGCCAGGAAUAACCCAAAGUUCCAGGAACUUCAGAGACAGAAAGAGGUUUUGUGCACAUCAAACCGCAAGCUUGCACAACAAAAUUUAUCCUAUCAGCCAUAUCUGAAAUACAAGAAAGCACUACUAGCAGAAAGGUACCAGCUUCUCAGCCAGCUUAUCACCUCAGAAAGACACAAACAGAAGAAGUCAGGUAAGUGUGAAUCCCAGAAAUACAGAAGUAUUUUUACAAUUUUGCUUUUAAUUUUAAAACACAUAGACAGGUUGAAUGGACAUCUAAGCCUUAAGGCAACUCAUCAGCUUCUAAAAGAAAAGCUUGUUCAUCUUACACAUGAAUCUGAGAGUCUUGGACAGAAGUUUAUGGAGGGUAAAAUGUUGCUGGUAGAUUUUGUGGACUCUUUUCAAAGCAUUCAGAAGUUCUACCAUGUUCACCUGGUCCAGCUAGAGAAACUGCAGGAUGUCUACAUACAAACAAUGAGAAAUCGGAGAAAGGAAGUUUUUUCAAGUGACCAGACAACACCUGGUGUAAUGAAUAUGUUCUAUAGCACCUCUCCAUCUAUUAUACUCCCUUGUUCCAUAUUUCCAUUAAUAGGCUAUCCUGUUAAACCACCAUUCCUACCUCGUCUUAGCCACUAUGCACAUGCCGACCUGUGCUUGCCAUUAAUGCACAAAAAUAAUGCAGGGAAUUCACAAGAAUUUAAGAAAACAUGGCCUCAGUCUGAAGGCCAAUUACAAUAUUUCAAAAAAGACUAG